CAUUUUAUGCAAAAUGGUAAUAAUGAUCACAGAGAUGAGAUUUGUCAAAAUUUUCUAGCUAGUUAUGAAAAUAGUGAAAUAAAAAAUGACAUUGAUGAAAGUGAAAGAAAGAGACUUGAGAAUGAAUGUGAGAUCUUGAAGAUAAAGCUACAAGAGUUUGAAAGGCUGAAACAAAAGAGGAUAGAUUUGGAAGCUGAGUCUAGAGAUCUCAAUGUGUACAGAGAGCAAUGCAGAAAUCACUUAACUCAUCUCAUUGAUAACCAAUCCGAAAAAAUUGCCAUCACAAACACAUUAAAAAGUAAACUGGAGAAAGAAGAAAUUGAACACCGCGCUCUGAUAGCUAAAUUAAAUACUCAAAAGUUCUCUAAGAAGGACAUGAAGAUCAUCCAAGAUAAAAAGUUCCAAUUGGGGAACGAUAUCGAAUCGAUUGGCAAAGAAAUUUUGCAGCUCGAAAAGAAUAAGGCUAUCCAGGAUGACCAAUUGAAUACUUUGACAGAAAAGGUAAAUGCCUCUUGCAUCAUCACCAAUACGAGAAUGAUGGAGCUAGAACUUUAUAAUUGCAAAUACGAGCUUAGGGCCCACCAAUUGACUCCAGAAAAAUUAGAGGAAAUGCAAGUCUUUUUGCGAGGAACUGUCGAAAACGCCAGGCAAACAGUGUCUAGUGUAAGGACGUUGCUCGAAAAGGAAAGCGAGACUCUAGAACAACUGAAGAAGGAUAUAGUUUCCAAACUCAACUCCAUUUCCUACUUAGAAGCUAGCAUUAAAUCGGCGGAUUUCGAUUUAAAGGCAAAAAACGAAGAAUGUGAAGCCAAAUGCACAGCUACGGUUAAUCAAAAACGCGAAAUAUGCGAAGAAUUAAGAACUUUGACAGAAGAAUUCAAUAAAGUGCAGAUGAAAAUUAGUUUGGCGGAGAAAGUUGUGCAAGCACAUAAAUUAAGGAUAUGCGAAGAAGACGAACAGUACCAAGAGCAAGAUAAAUAUUUUGAAGAAGUCUUUAAAACGGAUAUGGAACAUUUUUUGAAAGCUCAAAAGACCGUAAAGGACGCAUAUGAAGCAACUCAAAUGAGAAUUGAUAAAUUUAUAGCUGAACAGAGUGAGGAUGAUGAAGAAAAUUGAAAAAAUGGAUUAUUUUUUUUGUGUUUUAGUAUUGUUUUAGAUUUAUU